AGAUAGCAGUGACACAUCAGCCCAUUAUGAAUGGCAGCAUUAUGAGCCCCCUGCCCCCUCCUGCUCUCAGGUUACAGCUCCAUCCCCCCCCCCAGCCCCCUCCAGUAGAUCGCGGCUCCCGGGGCCGGCAGAGCAGUAUGCGGCAGAGCGGCGGGCUCAGCGGAACAUGGCUGCGCUCCGUGCCCGGCUCCUGGUGCCCCUGUGCCUGCUUAUCCUCAGGGCAGUGUCGGGGGAGGAGGUGGAGGUAGAAGAGGCUGUCCUCCCGGAGUCUGCCCUCCAGAAGCCCGGUGUCCUGCUCGCCAUCAUCGCCCGGAACGCUGCCCACACGCUGCCCUAUUUCCUGGACUGUAUCGAUAAGCUGGACUACCCCAAGAGCAGGAUCGCCAUCUGGGCAGCAACGGAUCACAAUAUCGAUAACACCACAGCGGUUUUACGAGAGUGGUUGAGGAAUGUGCAGAAACUGUACCAUUAUGUGGAAUGGAGGCCCAUGGGAGAGCCACAAUCUUACACUGAUGAAUUUGGACCUAAACAUUGGCCGGCAUCCAGGUUUUCCCAUGUGAUGAAGCUACGUCAGGCGGCACUGCGCACCGCAAGGGAAAAGUGGUCUGAUUAUAUCUUUUAUGUAGAUGUCGACAACUUUCUGACAAACCCGCAGACUUUAAAUCGUCUGAUAGAAGAAAACAAAACCCUCGUGUCCCCUAUGCUUGAGUCUCGUGCGCUUUACUCAAAUUUCUGGUGUGGUAUGACCCCACAGGGUUAUUAUAAGAGAACCCCAGACUAUGCUCUCAUCAGAGAAUGGAAGAGACAGGGCUGUUUUGCCGUCCCGAUGGUUCAUUCAACAAUGCUGAUUGAUCUCCGAAAGGAAGCCUCCAUGAAUCUGCAGUUCUACCCUCCGCAUAACGACUUUACGUGGAGUUUUGAUGACAUUAUUGUGUUUGCUUUCUCCUGCAGACAUGCAGGAAUUCAGAUGUAUAUUUGUAACAAGGAGCAUUAUGGGUACCUUCCUGUGCCGCUGAAACCGCAUCAAACCCUGGAGGAUGAUAUCGAGAGCUUCACACAUGUACUGACAGAAGCAAUGAUUGAUCGACCUCCGCUGGAGACAUCGCGAUAUGUUCAGGUGCUGCCCAAACAGCCAGACAAGAUGGGAUUUGAUGAGGUUUUCAUGAUCAACCUGAAGCGCCGGCAGGAUCGUCGCGUGCGGAUGCUGCGCAGUCUGUAUGAGCUUCAGAUCCAGGUGAAGAUAUUUGAUGCCGUUGAUGGCAAGGCCCUGAAUACAAGUCAGAUUAAGGCUCUGAAGAUAGACGCCUUACCCGGAUACCAUGACCCCUACUCUGGGAGGACACUGACCAGGGGGGAGAUCGGAUGCUUCCUCAGUCAUUAUUAUGUAUGGAAAGAGGUGGUCGAUCGAGGCCUAGAGAAAGCCCUGGUGAUAGAGGACGACGUACGAUUUGAGUAUCAGUUCAGGAUUAAACUUCUAAAACUCAUGAAUGACAUUGAAUCGGCUGCGGUAGACUGGGAUCUAAUCUACAUCGGGAGGAAGAGAAUGCAAGUGCAGCGUCCAGAAAAGGCCGUUCACAACGUGAUGAAUUUGGUGGAAGCGGAUUAUUCCUAUUGGACGCUGGGUUACGCCAUCUCACAGGCGGGAGCACAAAAACUCAUCAACGCUGAACCCCUGAGCAAGAUGUUACCAGUGGAUGAAUUUCUCCCAGUCAUGUUUAACAAGCAUCCAGUAGAGAAAUAUAUGGAGUAUUAUCACCCGCGGGAUCUCAAGGCCUUUUCUGCCGAGCCUUUGCUUGUUUACCCAACUCACUACACUGGGCAACCAGGAUAUUUUAGCGACACCGAAACCUCCACCAUAUGGGACAAUGAAACGGUGGCAACCGAUUGGGACAGGCAAUAUUCCGGAAAAACCAGACAGCAGGGUCAGAUACACACGGAUGCUCAGAACACAGACGCAUUGUCACCUCAGACUACACUUGACACAUCAUCUCGGGAUGAACUAUGAUCGCUGUAAACUGCGUGUAUACCGUCUAGGUUUUUUUGUAUAGAGAAAAUUUUGUUUACUGUGAAUAUUUUGAAAAAGCGGAUCAUUUUAUAGGAGUAAACACGUGUAAAGAACAUCGGCUAUUAAGGGUUGGUAAAUUUGUCCCUGGACGAUGGAAAUAGUCUGGGAAUCGUAGAGAGCACACAAGGAAAACUACAGUAAAAAAAAACUUUUUGUCUUGCCUAUUUCUGGGGGGGGGGGGGGGGUACUAAUUCAUAUUGAGGAGAUCCAGCUGGUGUAUGGAUCCUUACAAGCAAUGCUCAUUGGGAAAAAUAUAUGCAAAUUAGCUCUCCUCCAGAAGGAAUAAGCCUGUCUCUAGAGCAGUGUUUUCCAACCAGUGUGCCUCCAGCUGUUGCAAAACUACAACUCCCAGCAUUCCCGGACAGCCAAAGGCUGUCCGGGCAUGCUGGGCGUUGUAGUUUUGCAACAGCUGGAGGCACACUGGUUGGAAGACACUGCUCUAGAGCCACCUGUAUGUCACUGCCCUGUAAGUCAAUGUCUGAUCCAUAAAGAAGCCUUGAAACAUGACUAGGAAUAUUAAGCAAACCAGUUGUAUGAUUUAGCUAUUAUCCUUAGUUAUAGUUUAAAGGGGUACUCCAGUGGAAAACUUUUUUAUUUUAUUUUUUUCUAUCAACUGGUGCCAGAAAGUUAAACAGAUUUGUAAAU